UACGGCUUCUAUGCAAAUAAGGUGUUAAAACUUAGUACUUAGAUUCGAUAAAUUUUCCGGGCUUCCAAACUGUUAUGCAAAUCAAGUUGUUGGAGUUCACUUUUGUAAUUGGUUGCAACGUAGACUGCUUUAGCCAAUCAUAUAGCGCAGUUUACAAUACCUCUUGCACAUAUAAUAGCUUCCAAUUUGCAGAUAUUUGUACUUUCGUUGUAUUUUUUCUUUAUAAGUAUCCUCAUAUAGGAAUUUUGAAAUGUCUGGCCGUGGAAAACAGGGCGGCAGAGUUCGCGCCAAGGAUAAGACGCUUUCCUCCCGUGCCGGGCUGCAGUUCCCCGUGGGUCGCGUGCACCGUCUGCUCCGCAAGGGCAACUACGCCGAGCGGGUCGGGGCCGGCGCGCCCGUGUACCAGGCGGCGGUGCUGGAGUACCUGACGGCCGAGAUCCUGGAGCUGGCGGGCAACGCGGUCCGCGACAACAAGAAGACGCGUAUCAUCCCGCGCCAUCUGCAGCUGGCCAUCCGCAACGACGAGGAGCUCAACAAGCUGCUGGGCCGCGUGACCAUCGCGCAGGGCGGCGUCCUGCCCAACAUCCAGGCCGUGCUGCUGCCCAAGAAGACCGAGAGCCACCAUAAGGCAAAGGGCAAAUAAACUAGGAAAACAGGACAUUGAAUUCUUGCGGCAUCAGUCUUAUCAAAAGGCUCUUUUCAGAGAGCCCCUCGUACUCACUAAAAGGGCUUCUUACAUUCUUAAAUAGCUAACUGAAAAUUAUUUUAAGUUUAUCCAAUCUAGAAGUAAAUUCAGUACUUAAACUUCUAUUGGCUAUGUGGAAAAGGGUUGUGUCUCAGGUAGCGCCAAUCAAUGCAGCUGCCCCUCGGUUGUAAACCAGAAGUCAUGUGAUAAUAAGGCUUGUGUUGAAUUUAGGUGCAGACCUAAUUAGUGACCCACAGGGUAAUAAACCCACACUCAGUAUUAUCUCAAAUUGAAAGCAGUUUCACAUCUGAAUAGGAGAACCAUCUGCAUUCAUACUUUCUGAAAGAAACAAUCUCCAACUCUAUUGAACUGGGGUCCUACUCAGUUGUAGUCAACCACACCCUGGAGUCACAGCUCCUUUGAGCAGAGCUAAACAGGGUUCACUGUGACUUUAAAAGGGCACACAGUAAUCUUUCUGUAUCAUUUGCAAGU